GGCAAUGUGGUGGCUCCGGCGCUUCCUGCUCCCCCCCCUCACCCCCCCGUGUGACUCACGGGAAGGGGGGAAGGGCCCGCGGCUGCUCCACGGCGGGAAUUGAGGCAGAUUUGGGGUAUCAGAUUGGGCUGUGGGACUGUCCUGUCCCCUCACCCAGGUGUGGGAGUCCCCACCGUGCCUUUGACCUUGCUGUGAGGUGACCCCCAUGGCUGUGAGGUGGGGGCACACCGUCACCCCAUCAGUGUGGAGCCAUUGCACCCCUGCAUCCUGCAGGACAGUGUCCUUGUCCCCCUCUUGUCCACCCUGAAGGACAGUGUCCUUGCCCCCCCUCCCACACCAUAUCCAGGUGAUUCUGUCACCUGUGACACCUGUAGGAUGUUGUCACCUGUGUCAUCCCUGCCACCGUGUGCCCCCUGGUGUCCCCAACACCUCAGGGGUACCCCGAAACUGGGGAGGCUAGAGGAGAAUGGAAGGGCUGGGGAGGGGGUGGUGUGCAGUACCCAGUACCUCACCAGUGACUCCCAGUUAGAACCAGCAGUAGAGGUCAGCGGGAUAUGCCAGCAUGAGUAGGGGGACUCGGAGUGACCCCGGUGCCACGCAAGAUUGCCCCCAGUACAGCCGGACAUCCUUCACUGCCCCACAGUGACCCCAUAGUGCUUCCCAGUGACCCCAAAGUGCCUCCCAGUGACCCCCAGUGCGCUCAAAGCGCCUCCCAGCGAUCCCCAGCGUACCAAGCGCUUCCCCUCAAAGCCUCAGAGCCUUCCAGUACCUGACAGCGCCCUCCAGUGUCCCAAACGCUUCCAAUAUCGCCCAGCGCGCACCAGUACCCCCCACCCAGCACUCACCGGCUGGAAGAGCACGGGACAGGCAUCGCCCCAGGGCGCAGAGCAGCGGCGGGACCGAGUUCGUGAGGCGCCAGGCGCCGGCCGCCGCCCCCUCCCGCCGCCGCCGGCUCUCCUCAGCCCCCUCGAGAUGGCGAACUCUCGCGAGAGAAGGGCGGGGCUACUUCGCCCCAGCCAAUCCCCUCGCUUACCGAAGAACUCCCCGCCUAAACGCGCUUCACCAAUGAGAGGCGAGAGCGCGGAACACGCCCCCCCCUUUGGAGGCGGAGCUUCCCGCCCAGCCGCGCUCCCUGCGCGGGGCCCCCCGCCCCGGCCGGCGCGCACGCGCCCCGCGCAGGCGCACUGGCGCCGCGCCCCCCCGAGUCACCUUGGGGCGCCGCCGGUGCCGGACCCGGGACCGGACCCCGAAACCUCCCCGGGACCGGACCCCGAGACCCCCCGGGACCGGACCCCGCAACCCCCCCGGGACCGGACCCCGCGACCCACCCGGUACCACGGCCCGGCCGAGAUGGCGGCGGUACCGGCGGCUGAGAGGCCCAAGACCUCCCCAAAAUCCGUCAAGUUUCUCUUCGGCGGCCUGGCCGGGAUGGGGGCCACGGUGUUCGUGCAGCCCCUGGACCUGGUGAAGAACCGGAUGCAGCUGAGCGGGGCCGGGGCCAAGGGCCGGGAGUACCGGACAUCCCUGCACGCCCUGGGCUCCAUUCUGCGCCACGAGGGGCUGAGGGGCAUCUACACCGGGCUGUCAGCGGGGCUGCUACGCCAGGCCACCUACACCACCACCCGCCUGGGCAUCUACAGCGUCCUCCUGGAGCGUUUUGGGGGAGCUGACGGGACCCCCCCUCCCUUCCUGGCCAAGGCAGCCAUGGGCAUGACCGCGGGGGCUGCGGGGGCUUUCGUGGGGACCCCAGCUGAGGUGGCGCUCAUCCGCAUGACAGCUGAUGGCAGGCUACCCCCCGGCGAGCGCCGUGGGUACCACAACGUGUUCGACGCCCUCGUGAGGAUGGCGAGGGAGGAGGGGGUGCUCACUCUGUGGAGAGGCUGCAUCCCCACCAUGGCCCGUGCCGUGGUGGUCAACGCCGCCCAGCUCGCCUCCUACUCCCAAUCCAAACAAUUCCUGCUGGACUCCGGGCAUUUCCGUGACGACAUCCUGUGCCACUUCUGCGCCAGCAUGAUCAGCGGGCUGGUGACCACGGCCGCCUCCAUGCCCGUGGACAUCGUCAAGACCCGGAUCCAGAACAUGAGGACAAUAGAUGGGAAACCCGAGUACCGCAACGGGCUGGACGUGCUGCUGAAGGUGGUGCGCUACGAGGGCUUCUUCAGCCUCUGGAAGGGCUUCACCCCCUACUACGCCCGCCUGGGCCCCCACACCGUGCUCACCUUCAUCUUCCUCGAGCAGAUGAACAAGUGGUACCAGCGGCUCUUCCUCAGUGCCUGACACCCCCGGGGGGGGGUCGGGGGGCAUCUGACCCCAUCCCGUGGGCCUUCCAGGGGCACUUGACCCCCACUGAAGGGGUUUUGGGGGUGUCUGACUUCUCCCUCAGGUGCUGUGGGGGUGCCUGACCCUCCCCACACCACCAGGGGCUGGGGGGACGUGGCUCUGCAGGAGUGCCUGAGCACCCCCAUAUCAAGGCUAUGAAGUGGUCCUGGGACCCUAUGGAGGAGUCUUGGGCCCUAUAGGGGUGCAGGACCCACUCCUUGGGGCUGUAGGGAUCCCUGGGGCCCUGUGAAGGGGCCCUGGACCUGAUGCAGAGGUGCUGGAUCCCUCCCAUGGGGACACCAGGGGAUGCCUUGUCCCUGUGGGGCAGCCCUCUCUAAGGACUGCAGGGUGCCCUCCCCCUGUGCUCCCCUUUCCCACCCCUCUGGGGGUUUUGUUACCAGCCAAUAUCAAGGUCACAGUGUGGGGCAGGAGCCCCCCGAAAUUUCCCCCCUCCCUCCCCAUCCACCCUGUGCUUCGUUAACGAAUCAUGGAUCGUGAUCAUAUAAUUAAAGCAAGACCCACAGACA